AUGGCACUUGCUAGAUCUGCCAGUGGCCCCGGUGGAUUGAGUAUCAAUACAAAUUCGGCUAAUUCUUUAUUUGGGCCGACCACCACUUCAUCUGCAGGAGGCAUGUUCGGAAGCACGGGAGCCAGCAAGCCUGGCGGGCUCUUCGGCGCAUCGACGACCGGGACAUCAGCUCCUCAGACCGGCGGAUUGUUUGGCUCGACAGCCGCUACCUCUCAACCACAGACAGGAGGACUAUUUGGCUCAACAGCUACUACCACUCAGCCACAGACUGGAGGCCUAUUUGGUUCAACACCCGCUGCUUCCCAACCGCAAACUGGUGGUCUAUUUGGCUCAACGACCGCCGCUUCUCAACCGCAGGCUGGAGGACUGUUCGGGUCGACAGCGACGAGCCAACCACAAACAGGAGGUCUCUUUGGUUCAUCAACUGCAAUAUCUCAGCCUCAGACGGGUGGAUUAUUUGGCUCAGCCGGACAAGGGGGCUCGUCGCUUUUUGGUGGCCAAAGCAAUCAAAAUCAAAAUAAGCCAGCUACGUCGUUAUUUGGUGGUCUAGGAAGCGCACAAAAUCAACCACCUCAAGCCCAACAAAACUCUAUGUUUUCAUCUCAAGCGCAGACCCAGCCCUCGAGCUUGGGACCCUUUGGAGGAAGCGCACUUGGGGGUGGCUUAACCCUUGGCCAGUCUACCUCGCAGAGCCAACAGACGGUUCCUGGAGUACGGAUAGAUGUGACGAACCUCCGAGGUACCACGCGGUUCAACGAUCUUCACGAUGACCUUGCCAAAGCAAUUGCUCAGAUGGAUCAAGUUAUCCAGGGCCAAAUAAAGCUGAAAAAUGAUUGCGAGUCCAUAAUGCCUGCCCACGACCAACAACUUUCGCAAAUCCCAAAUGAUGUUAACUUUUGCAGUCGGAAGCUGACCGGUGUCGAAAGUGCCUUGGUAUCUGACGUUAAGACAAUCGCCCUAGUACGAGAGUCUGUGAAGACGGAUGCUAAGAACGCAAAAUUGAGCUUCAGAGCCAUUGACAACCUGAAGUUGCCACAACAAUACCAUAGUGCGGCAAUUUGGACAUCGAAAUCAUCAGGUAAUCGAUCGCCAGAAGAUGGGGAAGAUGAAGCACAAGAUAUUGUUGGGUUCUUCUCUGCAACGGCAGAUGAGCUUGCUGCGACGCUAAACAAAUACCAAAAUAAUCUCGCCGAAAUUGAGCAACAUUUACAAAGUGUCGAAGCUGGCAGCGUCCAGCAGAUCAAUGCGUUUGUCGCCAAAAAGAAUGGGAGCUCUUCGGCGCAUGAAGACCCGGUGAUGGAGUUGGCAGGUGCAUUGCGGGAGUUUGAGCAUAGCAUUCUAGGUGUUGCGAGUAAGGUUGGCAGUACGAGGGAAGGAGUUCAAAGCCUGCAGCUUGGCGGAUUCACAGCACCUGCGACUGGAAUGGGAGCAAGCAGUAGGAGGAACGGUGUAUACUAA